AUGGGAGCCGCACCGUCUCGUGAGUCGACGACGCUUUACUCGUACUUUAGAGGGACAUAUGAGAUUGGUUUGAUUCCCCUGACAAAGGCCUUCUUUGGUCUUCCAGGGGAUCCCCAUAGUCGCACCACAAACAAAACGGAAGAAGGAGAAGAAGAAGAAGACGUGGGGAUUGGCCUUCGCUACAAGCAGGAGCCUCAUGUCUCUCAGACAACAUCGACAGCGGCUCAUCUCAGCAGUACAAUGGAGCUACGGCGACAAUUUGUCAUUAUGCGUAGCGAUCCGGCCAUUUUAUACGCCAACGCACGUGGGAAAGUCUCUGCAUCGUGGCCAGAACUUCUUUCGGAUGCCUUUACUGAGGAAGAUCUGGACGCCUUCCUGGAUAAGGUUGAGGAACGGAUAUACAACACUGAUGCGGAGAUGUUUGCCAACACUAAAAAUGCUCUCAUCCCUCUUCCAUGUGCCCUUUGCCUCGUUUGUAAGGAUGGACAGGAACGGUCUGGGAGUUUCUUUUGGCGUGGACGUAGCAUUGUUGUCAUUGGGUACUUUGCCUGCCUUCCAGAGGACCUCCGCAGCGCAUUUAAGGUGGCAAAAGGAAAACUGCCAGAGGGAAAAAAAGGAACAACGGGCACCGACAAUGACGCCAAACACACUCUUUCUUCCACCUCACAAGUAUCACUCUUCUUAAAUGCCGGUGUGCUUGCCUCUGCUGGUGACCGCACACUUGAACGUGUCCUUCUCCUGGCUGCAGUCAUGUUGCGAAAUCAGUAUCUGGACUCCUUCUUUCAUGUCUUUGCUCCAACACCGAUUCCCUCUUCCUAUACCGGGGACGUAUUUCAGAAUAUUUUCAACACUGAAUUUGAUGCAUCUCCAUUCUUUCCACACGAUGGAAUGUUCCUUGACACUGCAGCUCGCGGUAAGAAUGCUACUGCGCAACAGACCAGAGAAGAAGCCUUAAAGACUCUGGAACGUCGACUACAAAACAUUACUGUGUACGUGGAGACGGCUGUGGAUAAUUAUUCUUCGCUAAAGUCUUUGACGGAGAAUGCUGCCUUCUUGCAAUGCCAAACGAAUUUGAGACCAGGCUUAUGUUUUAUGGACUUGCCACAAGUAGUGCUUGAUGGAUUUGAGCCCGCUGGAAUAACUGAAGAAAAUACCGAAAAAACCGCCGAUGGAGAACAGGAAGAGGCAAAAUUACAUUCUGCCCGAGCGUCGCUCGAUGAUACAACCACGGCGGUGGAAAACACGAAACAAGAUGGGGAAACGAGUAAAGUUGGGAUCCAUGAGGAGACAUUGGAAAAAGCAAAAUUUCCGGAAACGGAUGAGAAGGCAUCAACAAAAAAUUCUGCAUCUGUAGAGCUGGUUCGGGUUUGUUUUACGCCGGAGUAUGUGGUGAAGGCCACCAUGUGGGCAUCCGGUCUUCUUAGUUCACCCACCGAACUUGUUGGUGGAAGCUGGGUACAGUACAAGCUGAAAGAUGAAAGUGAUGAACUUCGACAGACAUUGCAUGGGAAAGACUCUAUUGUGGCUAAUUGGAGGGAAAUUUGCAAAGAUGUUGCCGGCAGUUACAUGGGGGAAGGUACGUUAUCACUUCUUCGACAUGUGAAGGCGCUUCGGGAUGAAGUAGAGAGGGCUCGUGCGAUUUCUUUAAAUUCAUGGUCCGUAGACAAGUUGAUUCAAACUCGAGAGGGCCGCACUUGUGCUCUGCAUCACACAUCUUUUGGCACGAUGCUUGUUGGCAUUCGUAGCCGACGGGAUGGGGAAAACAUACGGGGUUUGGACAAGAAAAAGCAGUCUAUACGAGAAAAGGCGGGUCAGGGAUCAGACAACGACACAUCAAAUUAUGCCGCUGCAUCUCGUAAUUCCCGAAACCGUGCCGGUAGUCAUUCCCAUGCAUCAUCGCAGUUUCAGGGUUUAGGGCAUGGAUCAACCUCGGGAGGGAUGCACCUUGAUACCUUGUCUAACAUGUCUCCCAUGCUAAAUGCAAGGUCUAUGGGAGGAGUCCCAACAGGUCCGAUUUACGGCGCUGCCCCUGGAGGGUUUGUUGCUCCCCUCCCUUUCGUGCCGGAGAUGCAGAUGCCCUCUAAUGUUGCGUUUCAAGGGAACAUGAUGCUUGCACCUAUGAUGGUUCCUUUUAUGGGAAAUGGUAUGAGGGACGCUUCAGUAAUGGAACGAAAGGAGCAGCAAGGUGCUGUGGCAACACCACCGCUGUUCCAUACUGUUCCUUUUUCUACAGCUCCAAUUGACGCAAGAGGAGAAAAUUUGUCAGGGGUUUACAGCAAUAGCAACAAUCCCAACAGAGGCGAUGGCAAAGUGGUCAAUCCGUGUGCAUCCGCCUCACAGAAUUUCUCUGCAGGCGAUGCAAAUAUAACAGUACCAUCAUAUCCUUUUUCAGUUUGCAAUUUGUCCGGGACAGCACCUGCGGGAACUGCGUUCCCUUCAUCGGUAAAUAUGCCUUCACAGCAGCAACAGCAGCAAUUUGUGUUGCUUCAACAGGGACCCGGUGGGGUUCCCGUCAUUGUUCCCGUCACUUCAGCUGUGCAGCAGUCAUCCCUUCCACCACCCUAUGGGUUUUCCUAUGGUGUUAGCAGUGGCGCCCCCCAAGUUGUCGUGGCCUCGCAGCAGCCAUUGGUUCGAGACUCAUCGUUGUCCCUGCCCCAGACAAACACUGCAGCCGCCGCCGGUGCUGCUGCUUCUUCUGGCGGGGGCCUGGUUCCUAAUUACGUUUACUACAUUCCUGCACCCAUGGGUGGCGGUGGACAACACGCAAUGGGGUUAUGCUAA